AGCAAGUGUUUACAAAUUAGUGAUAUCGAGGUUCGGUGUUGGCUACACGAGGCAUAUAACCUCGAAUAUUUUCUCAGUGCAAGUCGUGCAUAUUCACAGUGAAUACACAAUAUAUCGAGUAAUGGAAAACAACGAGGACAUAGCUAGGGUGAAGCAAGAGAUCGAUAAUUGGCCGAGUGCAGGUGACGAUUAUACUUUCGAUGCGGUCGAAGUCAAAAACUUAGAAAAUUCGACGUUUUAUAAACCAUCGGCAAGUCACUUGAACGAGGCUGUAGUGUUGAACGAGAAGUUAGAUGAAAAAAUAUCCAUAGAAUUUGAGUGCAAAGAUGUUAAACCUCAACUGACGUAUUUAUCAACAACCACCUGCCAAAAUGAGUAUCAGAGUAAUCCGCUAAUUUUUAAAAUAGAAAAUCAAAUUCAGACUAAUUACUUGAAUGAAAAAAAUCUUAUAAUUUUGAUAAAAAAAAAUGUUGAUUAUCACAAUAAUCGUCAAUUUCAAGUCUAUUCCCAAUUGAAAGUUGAUAAAUUUAAGAAGGUAAAAAUAUUAGACGAAAACAUUCGAAGCAAAUUAUUCCACGAGUAUAAUUUAGGUAGAAAAACAUAUGCCAAUAACACACAUAAGAGAAUUAUACCAUUUGAAUAUGAGGUCAGUCAUAAGUCACUUGGAUCCAAAAAUGUCACCAAAACGUACAUCAACGGAGUACAUGUUCUCGGCAAACCGCUCGAAUAUGAAUUUUAUCAAAAAUCAUUUAAGCAAAAAAAGCAACUUAAUAGAUCAGAAAAUCCUUUACAAUUCACCCUUAAAACUCACAUGAAUGAAGUAAGUUCACAUAAAAAACCUUUCAAGUGUAAUUCACAUUACAAACCUUUUGCGUGUGAAAUUUGUCAUGAAUCAUUUGGACAGAAAGAUAAUCUUAAAACUCAUGUGAAUUCAGUAUAUGAACGUAUCAAAUCUUUUGAAUGUGACAUUUGUCACAAAUCAUUUGGACGGAAAGAUUAUCUUAAAAUUCAUGUAAAUUCAGUACAUGAUCGUAGCAAACCCUUCGAAUGUAAAAUUUGUCAUAAAUCAUUUGGAGAAAACCGUACCCUCAAACGUCACUUCAACGCAGUACAUGAACAUAGAAAACCUUUUGAAUGUGAAAUUUGUCACAAAUCAUUUGGAUAUAAGAGUGACCUGAAUAAGCACAUACGUUUAGUACAUUAUCGUAUCAAACCCUUCGAAUGUGAAAUUUGUCACAAAUUAUUUGGAUACCAGAACGUACUCAAAAGCCACAAAUUAAAAGCUCAUAAUCUUGGCACUCCUAUCAAAUGUGAUAUUUGUCACAAAUCAUUUGGAUACCAGAGCCACCUUAAAUCUCACAUAACUACAGUGCAUGAUCAGAGCAAACCCUUUGAUUGUGACAUUUGUCAUAAAUCGUUUGGACAAAAAUAUUCCCUCAAAAGACACAUAACGAUGGUACAUAACCAGGGCAAACUCAUCGAAUGAAAAAUUUGUCACAAAUCUUUUUCAGAUAAUUUUCAGUAAUUGUAACAAACACUUGAAUACAGUACAUGAACGUAGCAAACCCUUUGAAAUUAAAAUUUGCCACAAAUCAUUUGGACGAAAGGUUCAACUUAAAACUCACACAAGUACAGUACAUAAUUGGAAGCAAACCCUUCGAAUGUGAGAUUUGUCACAAAUUAUUUGGAGAAAAACAAAACCGCAAAAGUCACAUAAAUGCAGUUUAUAUUCGUAGCAAACCUUUGGGGUGUGUAAACGUCAAGAGUGACCUAAAUAAGCACAUAUGUUUGGUACAUGAUCGUAGCCAACCUUUCGAAUCUGAGAUUUGUCAUGGAU